GUGAGAGUGAGAGGACAGCAGCUGGGCUCCUGCCAUAUGUCAUUUAUAUUUAGGGAUCUCAAAGAAGAGGGGGGAAAGGACUAAAGCAGGAGUGUUUGGUGCGUAAAACGGGAUAGGUCUGUCUCCAAAUUCUAGGAGUUCACUUUGAGGCUGAUCGGUUUUAUUUGGAGCGCAUCGGUGCACGGAUUACAAUGCAAAGUGUUUUGGAGGUUUGGCUCACCUUGGUGACGGUGGGGUCGCUCACAGAGGGGGUCUCUGGAGGGUAUGGGCUCAGCAUGUUCGCGGCUCAGUCGUCCCCCCCGGAUCCGUGCUACGAUGAGAACGGGAACCCUCGGAGGUGCAUCCCGGACUUCGUGAACUCCGCGUUUGGAAAGGACGUACGCGUGUCCAGCACCUGCGGGACCCCGGCCGCCAGGUACUGUGUGGUGACCGAGAAGGAGGAGGAGAGGACUCGGGACUGUCACACCUGCGACGCCGGAGACCCCAAGAAAUCUCACCCUCCUGCGUACUUAACGGACCUCAACAACCCCCACAACCUCACCUGCUGGCAGUCCGAGAACUACGUGCAGUUCCCGCAGAAUCUCACCCUCACUUUAUCCCUGGGGAAGAAGUUCGAGGUGACCUAUGUGAGCCUGCAGUUCUGCUCACCCAGACCCGAGUCCAUGGCCAUCUACAAGUCCAUGGACUACGGGAAGUCCUGGGUGCCGUUUCAGUAUUACUCCACUCAGUGCAAGAAGAUGUACAACCGGCAGAAUAAAGCAGCGAUCACCAAGCAGAACGAGCAGGAGGCCAUCUGCACGGACUCCCACACCGACAUGCACCCUCUGACGGGGGGGCUCAUCGCCUUCAGCACCCUGGAUGGGAGACCCUCUGCGCACGACUUCGAUAAUUCCCCCGUGCUGCAGGACUGGGUGACGGCCACCGACAUCAAGGUGAUCUUCAGCCGGCUGCACACGUUUGGAGACGAGAACGAGGACGACUCGGAGCUGGCGAGAGACUCCUACUUUUACGCGGUGUCUGACCUGCAGGUCGGGGGCAGGUGCAAGUGCAACGGGCACGCGUCGAAAUGCGUGAAAGACCGCGAGGGGAACCUGGUGUGUGAGUGCAAGCAUCACACCGCGGGCCCGGAGUGCGACAGGUGCAAACCCUUCCACUACGACCGGCCCUGGCAACGCGCAACGGCCCGUGAAGCCAACGAGUGUGUCGCAUGCCACUGUAACCUUCACGCUCGUCGCUGCCGCUUCAACAUGGAGCUGUACAAGCUGUCGGGCCGGAGGAGCGGCGGCGUGUGUCUGAACUGCCGCCACAACACGGCCGGACGCCACUGCCACUACUGCAAGGAGGGAUACUACAGAGACAUGACCAAAUCCAUCUCUCACCGCAGGGCCUGCAAAGCAUGUGAUUGCCAUCCAGUGGGAGCAGCAGGGAAGACGUGUAACCAGACGACAGGACAGUGUCCCUGCAAGGACGGAGUGACGGGGAUCACCUGUAACCGCUGUGCUAAAGGCUACCAGCAGAGCCGCUCCCCCAUCGCACCCUGCAUCAAGAUCCCAGUUGCAUCCCCGACAGCGUCUUACACCAGCUACGAGGAGCCGUCAGACUGUGACUCGCACUGUAAAGCGUCCAAGGGAAAGUUGAAGAUCACCAUGAAGAAGUACUGUAAAAAAGACUACGCUGUCCAAGUUCACGUCCUCAAAGGAGACAAGGCGGGCGAGUGGUGGAAGUUCACCGUCAACAUUAUAUCCGUCUACAAACAGGGUGAUAAUCGUAUCCGCCGCGGGGAUCAGCUGCUGUGGGUAAGAGCCAAAGAUGUCGCCUGCAAAUGUCCCAAGAUAAAGCCCGGGAGGAAGUACCUGCUCCUGGGAACGGACGACGACGAUUCCCCCGGGCAGAGCGGCGUCGUGGCCGAUAAGGGAAGCCUUCUGAUCCCGUGGAAAGAUCUGUGGGGCCGCCGGCUGAGGAAGUUCCAACAGCGCGACAAGAGGGGGAAGUGCUAAAAGUUACUCAAGAGGAAAAGGGAGUAGUAUGGUGGAGGAGAAACAACAUCUCCACUGGGACGAGGAGAGAGCUGCAGGAAUGAGUCCUAAACCCCCCGGAUAAGAGUUUGCAUUUAUAUCACAUACGGUUCCCUUGUCUGGAAGUCAAUGGUUUUUUUUAAUGUGUUUUUGGUUGUUAGCCUGAAAUAAGACCUGUGGUUAUCACUCGCUGAAGAGAUUUUAACAUUUUGUUCUACGACAUAUAUACGUCAGUAAAUACCCCACUGGUGGAUUUAAAGUGUCUAAAUGAGACAACUCAACGACAUCACGCCCAACAUUAGCCGCCUUUAGCUUAGCGGUG